UUCGGAUCGGCGCUGGAGCCCCUUGGCGGCGCCUCCAGCGCCGCCCCUGGCGCGCUCUGCGCGCCAGGGAGGGGGAUCCAGUGCCGAUCCCGGCAAUCUGCGCGGACCUCUGAGUUUUUAUGUUUUUGUCAUUGCUCGUUCCCCGAAUUCUAAGCGAGAGGGGGGGUAUCACAUCUGUUCCGCGGGCGCUCGGGAGCGUGAGCGCCCGAGGGGCCCACGGUGCGGCCCCGAAGGUGGAGGGCGGCUCGUUCUCCCAGCUGCUCCACACUCCCGCCCGGUUCAACGGCGCCUCGGGGCCGGUCAGCCUCGACCUGAGGAAGACUCUAGAGAUCUUGGAGAGAUCUGGAACGGCCAUCGCCUACCUGCACGGCCGCGGUAUUGCGCACAGAGACAUCAAGACGCAGAACGUCUUGCUCACUCCUCAGUUGGAGGUGAAGCUCUGUGAUUUCGGCUUGGCGCGCAUGAAGUCGGAGCUGAUGACGGGCGCCAUGCAGUUUGCUGGCACACCAAAUUACAUGGCGCCGGAGAUCUUCCGGAACGAGAAGUACACCGAGAACGUCGACGUUUGGGCUUUCGGCGUCAUGAUGUGGGAGGCCCUCGCUGUCGACAUUCCCUUCGCGAAUCUGGACGCGCCGGAGAUACGAGACAAGGUCUGCCGCGGGCAGAUGCUGCAGAUGCCGGCGUCGGCCCCCUCGGACCUGCACGCGAUCAUGCGGUCUUGUUGGACGGCGGACCGCACCACGCGGCCACCGAUGGGCGAGGUCGUGGCGCUCCUGCAGAAUAGCAUCCAGAACUUGGACACCGCUGGCCGCGCCUCGCGCACGGCGCGCCCCCGCACCAGCCCAGGCGGCAGCCGCCCGAGCCCCGGUGGCACGCAGCUGGGCAUGCAGAUGCAGAGCCGGCUGGUCCCCGACGCGCCCCUGUCCCGCCCUGGC